AUGCCAUCGAAUGUCACACGCGGAAAUCGCAGGAUCAUAUGCGCCAACCGUAGUGCAUCUAUCCCAACAGACAAGGAAAUUGAACCUGUCGAGUUCCUCGGUCCUAUUUACGGCGUAUCGGAAGCAACCAGGCACACGAUGGGCAAACAGAAGCUUGUGAGUUCACAACUUGUGGUCUCUACCUUGCGAUCAACACAUUCAAGAAGUAGCAGCAUACUUGGAUAUGAAACUUCAGGACCGGGUUUGGAAAUGCAUCCACCAGUGGAAAUUCACCAACGUUCACAUGAGGAUAGUCUGAUAUUUCAACGUGCAGACCAAAUCCGAGCACAGGAACUGGGAUGA